AUGAGCGCAGAGGACAGAGGGAAGAAGAGGCUCGCUUGUGGAUGUGUCAGUGGCUCCAGUGCUGAGGGGCUCAUCAUGGACCUGAAAGAGGCAUGUGGCAGUGGAGGCAGUGAGGAUUCCAGCCGGAGACUGUCCUCGUGGCAGGCCUUUGCUCGCUCCAGCACUCUGCACGGUCUGCGCUUCGUCUUUCCCUCGGGCCGGCCCUCAGUGCGCCGCCUCCUCUGGGCCCUGGUGCUGCUGUCCUGCAUUGGGCUCUUGGCUCUGGAGAGCGCUGAGCGGCUGUCCUACUUCCUGUCCUACCCACAUGUGACCAGUGUGGAUGCAGUGGCGUCCAGCAGCCUGGUGUUUCCCGCCAUUACCAUCUGUAACCUGAAUGCGUAUCGCUUCAGCCGCCUGACGCGUAACGACCUGUACCACGCUGGCGAGCUGCUGGCACUGCUGGAUGUGCACCUGGCCAUACCCCAGCCGCACUUGGCCGAGCCCGAGGUGCUGGCUUUCCUGGAGGAAAAAUCCAACUUCACGGCAUACAAGCCCACACCAUUCAGCAUGAAGGAGUUCAUCGAGCGAGUGGGCCACGAUCUAGAGGAGAUGAUGCUCUACUGCCGCUACCAAGGCCAGGACUGCACCUCCAGAGACUUCCAACCGGUUAAGUCCAACAGGAGGCGCUUUGUUCAUGCGACUGAAGGCGACCAGUGGAGCGUGCACAAUGUAAACAUCCAGCUGCUAUGA